CCCGGCGAAGUGGGGUGAAAUCGGAUGGAGAUCGUGCAUCGCCCCGCGAGACGCCGAAGUGCUCCCGGAAGAGAAAAUCCCGUGGCCACGAUGAAUCAUGACGCUUUGCGAAAAGAGUCGGCCGAUGCGACGCUCAUGAUUUGGACGCGAUAGAGCAGUUGAGAGUUCGGGGCAGGGCCGAAUGGCGACGGCGCAAGGCGGAAAUACGACGCCGCAUUUCGCCGCAUGUGCCACGGCUGCGAAUGUGAGGGCGCAACCACGGUGCAGUAACAGUAUUGACUUGAUCGAUCGAUUGCGUCGCCGAGUCGGCCGGGUCUCCAAGCGCAUAAGUCUUGACCACUUGCUUCGGCCUCGGUCCAUGUCGAGAUUGGCGAGUGCGUCGCCGCGGCUCCAGAGGCGACGUCCAAUUCGAGUUUCGAUCCAUCGUUCCGCGCGCAAAACCACACGCUAUUCGAGCCGGGGCACGGACAAGAGGGGAAAAAUUUCACACGAACAAGAAAAAAUAAAAAUGCAACGAGGCAGUCGGGAAACGUGCAACUUACUUUUAGGCGCCGGCAAAAACAACCGUAACUCUCUCAGCCGAUAGUCCGAAACACGCGCAAGGGAAGAACCGUAGCAGCCGUGACGAGAAAAAAAGAGAUGAAAGAGGAAGAAUGUGUGAUGGAAGAAAAGAGUCAGUCGCGGGACGCCGUGCGGCAGACGAAGCGGGCGAGCUUUUUUUUUUCUCUCUCCCUUGUCCGAGCUGGUGCUUGCUAACUGGCCCUCUUUGUUGGACACACACUUGUCUGCUCACACACUGUUGAGUCUGCACAGCCUGGACCG